AUGCCACCCCGGUUACAACUUUCUUCCCUGCGGCGAAACGCCCUGCAGUGUCCAUAUGAACUCCAGAUGCUCAGGAAAGCCAGCACGGCAGCUACCACACCUGCAGCAUCAAUUGAGCAAAUGACACGCUCCCCAGUACCAGUUUCGCGAUCUCCUCCUACCCAACCACCGUCGCACCGUAAUCCCGAAUACCGUCGGUCACAGCUUCUCCGACAAUAUACCUCAAUUCUCCGUACAUCUCCCCUGAUGGUGCUGUUCCAACACAACAACCUCAAGUCCAUGGAAUGGGCUUCUAUCCGACGAGAACUUGUCAAGGCGCUGGAAAAGGUGGAUGAGAAGAUUGCCGCCGAGGGCCGGACCUCCCCAGCCCUAGCUCCCUAUAUCAAGAUCCAGACCGUCCAGACUAGCAUCUUCGAAGCUGCCCUGCGCAUUGUAGAGCACUUCCGACCUACCGAGGCCGCAUUGGCUUCCGGAAAGCCCCCGAGCGCCGUCGACCCCAUUACCCAGACCUCCGCCGAAUUGCCCAUCCUUUCCGGUUCUCGCGAUGAUCCCGCCCUUACUCACGACUUGUCGCGUGCCGCCUACCAAGCGGUGAAGCACCUGAAGGGUCGCCACGAGCUUGCCGACGUCCUCGUCGGCCCCAUCGCUAUUCUUUCCAUCCCCGCCGUUUCUCCCGAGCACAUGAAGGCUGCUUUGUCGAUCUUGACCCCCAAGGAAUCCGGUUUCCGCGGACCUACCCGCAAGGCCAACCCAGACUACCACGAGCCUAUUGUGCAGAUCGGUCUGCAGAAGCUGAACCUCCUGGCUGCGCGCAUUGACGGCCAGGUCCUUGACUUGAACCAGACCAAGUGGGUUGGAGGUAUCGAGGGUGGCAUGGAUGGCCUGCGCUCUCAGCUCAUCAUGUCCUUGCAGAGCACGGGCUCCAGUCUUACCAACACCCUGGAGGGUGCUGGCAAGAGCCUUUACUUCACUAUGGAGAGCCGGAGAAGUGCUUUGGAGGAGGAGCAGAAGCCUGAGGGCGAGAAGAGCGAGUUGUCUUAG